UGUGCACUGAUAAUUGUCUUUGGCAUUUAAGAUAUGGAAGAUUUAGAGAGUAAAUUACGCUUUGCUGUGACAGAGGGGAUGCCCAGAACACACAGACCCUGGAAAAAGAUACUCAUUGUGGUAGAGGGAAUAUACAGUAUGGAGGGUUCAAUAGUCAGACUUCCAGACAUAAUCCGGUUAAAAAAGAAAUACAAAGCCUACGUUUAUCUGGAUGAGGCUCACAGCAUCGGAGCCCUGGGGCCUCAUGGGAAGGGAGUGGUGGAUUAUUUCGGUGUUAAUCCUAAAGACAUUGACAUCAUGAUGGGGACCUUUACUAAAAGUUUUGGUGCUGUUGGCGGUUACCUAGGAGGCACAAAGAAUUUGAUCAACCACCUGAGAGUGUCCUCUCACUCCGCGAUAUAUUCCAGCUCCAUGCCCAUGUGUGUUGUACAGCAGGUCCUAUCCUCAAUGAAAAUAAUGCUCGGCAAAGACGGCACAGAUGAAGGGAAGAAAAGAAUAGACACUUUGGCAUGGAACACUACCUACUUUAGAACAAGAAUGAAAGAGAUGGGAUUUAUUGUGUAUGGAAAUGACCACUCACCAGUAGUACCAACUCUAUUGUUUAUGCCUGGUAAAAUUAGUUGCCUUAGUAGGGAGUGUUUACAGAGGGGGUUGGGGAUUGUAGUGGUAGGGUUUCCAGCGACCCCCAUCAUCGAGUCCAGGGCCAGAUUCUGUCUGUCUGCAGCCCACACAAAGGAAAUGUUAGACAAGGCAUUAGAUAUUCUGGAUGAAGUAGGAGAUUUAUUAAAGUUGAAAUAUUCGAGAUUAAAACCAGAGAAAGCAGUAACAGAGAGUGACAAGAAUGAGUCCAGAAAUGGGGGUACCAAAGCCCACAGUGAGUAAGUGUAAAGUGUAUGGAUGAUCAGUGGAAUUCAUUACAAAACAAGAUCGCAAAGUCCAUCCAUUCCUCAACAAAUGUCGUCGUACAUGAUAAUACGACAUCUGUUCCCUCCUGUGUCUAGCAAAGGCUUCACAAGUCACAUGACAAGAGAGAAAGAUGCUGGCAGUACAUGUUAUACAUGUAUAGUUAUAAACUGAAUUCAUUUUGUCAUCAUCAAACAUGUUCAAGUCAAAAUUGGCUAAAAGGCUGAUGUGUGUUUCAUGCUAGAGUUAUUAUAGUGCUGUCAUGUGUAUAUUUUUAAGAGUUUUCUAUUGAUACUGUUUAUCUUAUAAAAUGGCAGUCUUUGCAUAGUUGAUGCUGUUGAUAUCACAAAUUGUUUAAUUUCUUUCUGUAUACAAGGGUUAUAUAGACUCGUACAUUAAAAUUUAAAUUUGAAGAUUUUAAAGGGUAUUAUAAGUGAAUAUGGAAUGAAUCCUGUUGAUAUACUUGUACAUAUUGUUGAAAAUUAGAAUUAGUGUGGUAAAUGAUUCAGACACACAAAUUAUAGCAUGUAUUUUUUUGAAUUUUUAAAGUAAUAUUUACUUCAUUGAAAAAGCCUUAUAAAUAUAUUCACACCUUAAAUUACUUUUACAAUUCUAAAUCUUAAAAUUGCACUCUAUAAAUGCUGUUUUUUUCUAGUAAAUGUAAAUAUUUUCUUUGUUUUCUAUUUUUGAAUGACAUUAUUUAUGAUUUUGUUAGGAUCUUUUCUUCAUUUUAUGCCUUCGUAAGUGUAUUUCUUCUAAGGCAUUGCUUUCAGUGGAGAAAAAAGAAUUUUGAAAAAAGAAUGACCCCGUUGAAUGAAGCAUUACCAUGGAGACCUUAUGUGGAAGUUCUGCUUUAUUCAAUGGGUGAUAUCCACUUUAAGCAUUUUUUAAUUUACAUAUAUCACUUGUUGGUGUGUAUUUUCACAAUGUACAGUCAUUACAGUUAUUAUAUUCAUUGUUACUAUAUUCAUGGUUGUGCUAUGAUUUAUUACCUUUAUAUGCAUGAACAACAUUUAGCAAUAGCCUUAUAAAUGCAAGUUAUUCCAUUGUCAUACUUGAUGUUACUUUAUUUGACACAUAUCAUAGUGAUCAUGAUCAAAACCUAUAGGUAUUUUUCAUAGGAGAUCUACAAAGCCCAUGUGUAUAAAAAUAAGUGGAAGUUGCUGCCAUUUGAUUUUUUUUUUUUUGACACAAACAUGCUUCAUGAGUGUUUAUAUUUAUUUCAUUCUAUGGUUAGAAACCUUAUCACAUUUCACCCUUAUUUAUUUUCAUUGUUCAUAAAUUCACUGCUUUUAAUUAAGCUCUAACAAUCCAUCUUUAUAAGUUUAUAAACUAUUUUUUCUCUGUUAAUUUGACCACUAACAACACUAAAGGUGGGUUUUUAUAUAUUUUUAUAUUAAUGCAUGAACUAUAUGUACCAAAGCAGAAUUACAUUUGCUCACCAACUACCAUACCUCCCAGUUUUCUGUGUUUUUUUCUUCUUAAUUUCUAUUUGAUUGUUAAAGAUAUUUUUCCUGCUGUAUAGUGCAUCUCAUGUUGUAUGAUUUUAUUUUUUUUUUUGCUGCAGUUUUGUUUCUCAUCGGUUUUGCCUCAAGAUAAAUGAAACUAACCCAUUAUCAAACACAGUGGAUUAAUAGAAAAAAUGGAUGAAAUUGCUCAAAUAUUUAAAAUUAAAACUAAUUAUGAAAGUUAGCAAUUUUUAAGCUGUAGACAGUAUUUGCUAUUUUUAAUACAAUGUAUCAUUUAUGCAUAAUAGUUCUAGACAGUGAAAAACAUUUGUGAUGUCACAAUAAUGUAGAUCACAAAAUUUUUCACGACACCUAGUUUUAUUUCACGAGAUAUUUACUAUUUAUUAGAGAGAUGGAAUUUUCAUGAAUUUUGGUAAUUGCUCUAUACAAUCUUUAAGAGUACAUCUAUAUGCAAGAAUGAUAUUAUCGUGAGGACACUGUUUCACGUAAUUUAUAGGCAAAAAAUAAGUUCCUUUCCAAUAGAAAGUAAUUUACAGUAAUAAUUAAAUGAGAGUUAGGGAAAGGGUGGAUUGUUUUCUUUUAACUUUGAAUGCCUUCAAAAUUGAUGAGAGGCUUAUACCCAGUGAUUUUUUUUUCAAAUCCUACACGCGUCCUAAAACAUUCAGUCCUUACUUAGUUUACUUAUGUCUGCAUUUUUUUUCCUGCGGUCUCCAAGAGUAUAGAUUUUAUUCACGUUUACUUAUUUAUGGUUUACCAAUGUAUGUGCCAUUUUGAUAUAUAUGUAUUUAUCAGCUGCUCUGUAGUCACUUUUUGCUAAUUUGUAACUGAUACUUUUGUACCUUUAUUUUUUACAUUUAUUAUUUUGUUUGUGUGUUACAUUAAUAGCUUUCCUUGCAUUUUUAUCUCAAAGCUGAAUUUAAAUGAGCUUUUGUUUGAAGAUUGUCUGUUGUCUGUACAUCCAUCUGUUCAUUGGGAUUCAAUUUAGCUCAAAGGACAGGCCUUUUUUCUCUCUUAAAAGUAAAAUACAGAAAAUAAAAACAUUAUAAAAUUAUGUAAUAUACCGGGUAUAGUGACCAUUUCAAUAUGUCGUUAGGUUUUUUGUCUGGGCCAGAAGGGACAUAUCCUUUUGGGAUAUUUUCUUAUGUAAUGUUAUCUUUAAAUGAGACCACAGAAGAGGCCUAAAGUGUAACAGGAAUAUGGGUGAGCAGUGUGGCCCUUGAGCCUUUUGACCACCAAAUCAAUAUUUGGCUCACCUGAGCCAGAGCAAAGGCCACAUAUUACUUGUCUAUGACUCUCUAUGGGACAAUAGGAAUCUAAUAUUGUCAUAUGAGAAGAGACAGGUUUAGAAAAAAAAACAAUGUCUGUUGAACAAAAUGUAAAUUUUCUAGAUAAGAAGUUAUGAUUGUGUGUAAAUUAUUAUAUUGAAAUCCAAAGUAUUGUGUUUUUUUAUGUAAAGAGGAAUAAAUCUUUUUUAUCAUUUUGA